UGUGGUGGCUGCAACAUGAAGUUCUCUCACCCGCUCUACUACCGGAUGCACUGUUCUGUCUUCCACGACCCUAACUACUCUCUCACCAUCCGCAAGUACCACUGCAAGGUGUGCGGGCUGGCGGUGCUGGGCAAGGAGAACAUCAUGCGCCACGCCGCGGAGCAGCACGAGGGCCGCGGGGCGUACCAGUGCCAGUACUGCAAGAAGUUCUUCCUCCGCCUCAACUACCUGGACAUGCACCGCACCUACGGCUGCGCCGCCAACCCCCAGCGCACGCGGCCUCUCUGCGACUUUUGCGGCCGAAAGUUCUGUCAGCCUCAGAAACUGAAGGUGCACAUCAAGCGAAUGCACAGUGACAUGGCGGAGGUGCUGCGAGAGUUCCAGUGUAAGCUGUGCUUCAAGGUGCUGGGGUCCCGGGCAGCGCUACAGAGACAUCUCAAGGAAGUCCACCAUAAGGACCUGAGCACUGGAGCCACGUGUGACCGCUGCGGCAAGAUGUUCCAGAACAAGAGUAACCUCAAGAUACACAUGCUCACCCAUUCCGGCGUCAAGCCUUUCAAAUGUAUUGAGGCGAGUUGCAACGCGGCCUUCACGACCAAACAGUGUCUUCAGUUCCACUACAAGAAGGUGCACGGCUACACCUGCGAGAGCAUGCCCACAAUAGAGCGUUGCAUCCCUUAUACCUUCGACUCGUACUCCGGAGGGAUGGUGAACGACCCGGGGCGGGGCAAGGUUCUCAACCAUAACUCUGAGAACAUGAACACGUCAGCUGACACUCCUGCUGAACACCCUACUACAGACGACUCCUCACACAGUGCCGACCCUCCCCUCUCCCUUACUGCAAACGAAGGUCCUCCAUCUUCGAGAGCUGACCUCCUGCUUGCGGCUGCAGCCAAGCUGCCACCUGCGGCCACCCUACAUGGCUACGUCACCAAGUACACAACGACGGCAACUCGCCUCGUUAGUAAAGGCUCUCGGAAGUGGCUUGGUGAUCCUUUAGAUAUGCAAGACAGAGAUUACGAUGCUGACGAUGCUCGCGAUGUUUAUGACUUCGAUGACCGGUUAGAAGAAGAGCUCAUGCAGAGAAGAAAGAAGGAAGAGGACAUAACUGGGGAAGAAAAAUUAUACCGACGAGAGUCGAACGCGUCGCUGCUGGUGGAGGCUGCUCUCAACGUGGCGGAGCAGACCAUGAAGAUGGACGGACGGGGGGUGGGCAGCCACGACCGUCUGCUGGGGUACAGUGGCCGCUACUCCCCCUUGCCACCCACCUCCGUUGUGACCUCCAUGGAGCAGAUAUUACCGCAUGAUGCGGCACUCGCAACGCACAUAAAGUAUACUAGCGCCGCCGACGACGAGCGAGCACACCUGGAGUACACUUUAGAACGAGAGUACGACCCCCGUGACCUACCGGAGGUCAUGGUGGUACACGAGACGAUAGGCAGUCGGGAACUGAAUGAGCAGUUAAGCCACGACUUGCAUGACAAUCUGCACGCUGCACUGGACCACCUGCCCCCCGCCCCUGACGACCUGCACCACUCUCACCACCAGACCCAUCACUCGGACCACGCUCAUAAUCUCACUCUAGUUAAGUCAGACGACCUCCCACCGCCAACCCCUGCCACGCCGGUGGACCCUGGCACGCCCAUGGCCCCGCCCACACCGCUCAGUUCGAGUGGUGGACUGGAGCCCACGCUGCAGGUCCUGGACCAGUUGCCGGUGUCUCAGGGGCUGCCUGUGUCGUUAUCAUCCUCAUUAUCUGUGGGUCUGGAUAUGAGUUACAAGCACUACCGCCAUGCUGAGUUGACGCCUGUCAGUCAAGACCACUGCCUUCCCAGUCACCUUGACGACUCUGAGGCAUCAAUGGGGCUGGACCCCAUGGGUGACGGGGGUCACCUGUCGCCUCGCAACGACCACCUUGCUGACCAGCUGCCGCUGCCUGAGUUGCAUCCCCACGACUUCCGCGGGCUUCCUGCGCUGCGAUCCCCGGAGCCUCCGCGGUCACCCUACCUUUCGCCAAGCCCAACGCCAGAUGCUCUCCGUUCAUAUCUAGUGACUGAUGGCAUGCGCUCGCCCGUGCCCCUUGACCAGUGUGUUGAUAUGACGCGAGCAAACCUUUUCCUGCGACCUUCUGACCUCGCUAGUCUCCAGCAGCGAUAUCAUGGAGAAGUGAGCCACCAGUCUGGUCGUGCUCAGCUCUAUGAGCUAGAACGAGUGCCCUCGCACUCUGUAGAUUUGAGUCUUACAGGUCGCACACUCACCUACACGAGUGAGGCACUCAGACAAGGGUCUGUCUGUACAACUGUGUACGUGUCAGACUCCCACCCUGACGACCGUCACUCCCUUGAUCUUACUCUUCCAAGACAUGAUCCUGAUUUACAUAGAGUCUCUUCUCCCAGUCACAACCACCCCGCGCUCCGCGGGUCCUCCCCACACUCACAACUCUCCCCACACAACCAACUCUCGCCUUGUAAUCAGUUAUCACCCCACAACCAGCUCUCCCCUCACACUCAGCUCCCGCCAUAUUCCCAAUUGUCUCCGCACGGCCAAAUGUCACCCCUUGUGAAUUUAGGUAUGGUGGAGCGAGGGGGGAUAGGCAGCCCCCCGCUCUCCCCUUCAGCCAACCCCCCACUACCUCCCAUUAGCCGCAUUGUGGCUCCUGCGCCUCACUCACCAUUGUUCACCUCGCGACAAAUGUCUCCAAUACCAAGACCAGAGUUAUCCCCAUCUUUCACAACCCAUACUCACGGGGAAGUAUUUGUCACAGGGGGUGCUGUGCCCUUACAGCCGGGCACCCCAGGACCUCCCCUCACCCCCAACUCUCAGCUUAGUAAAGAUAGAUCGUCACCCUAUUCUCAAUACCCGUCAUCCCCGUACCCGCGGCACCACGGCCACUCCUCCCCGCCCCCAACAUACCAUUAUCAGUACUACUGACCACGGCUCACUCCUUCCCCCUCACAUUCUCCAGAGAGCUGGCCAAACUCUCUGGCCUCCCCCGAUACCCUUGAUAGUGCUGACCCUUCCCUGUCUGCCCAGUGUUCCUAGUAGUGUUCCAACGACGAUGGGUCUCCUGAACCCACCGGGUGUGGCCGUGAUCAGUACCAGGAUUGUUCUUCGUGUGUGUUACAACGACUGGGGUAUACCUCAAUCAAGGCCAUACAUUCUAGUGGCGAUUUUUACUCAAUUAUUUUUAGGUACUGUCGUUCAGUGUGGGCAUUUCCAGUUUAAAUACCCGGUUUCAUAAUUUAUAAGCUCAAUUCAACUAAUACUGAUUACUCAAAGGUUUUUAACGACCGUGAUAUAAAUUUAACUCCUGAUAAAGAGUUGUGCUUUUUUAUAUCCUAUGGGUAAAUACUCUCUUGUAUUUGUGGUUCAUCUUCCUCCCCUCCUCUCAGUGAGCCACAAUAGUCUUCCCUCUUGUGUUCUUCCCUCCUCUAACGAGUGAGGACUGUCCUGUGUGUGGCGGUAUUCCUUCAAUGUGUGAGGGCUGCCCAGUGUGAGAUGGUUUUUACGGCUUCUGAAUGAACCAGUGUGUUGUGUCUGUAGGAGGACCUGCAAUUUCCUCUAGUAUUGUGUCUAGGGUCACUCUUUUUUUUCUCCCUCGUUUCUCAGAUACCUUCUCGUCUCGGUUGUGACCCUCAACUUUAAUCGUGUAUACAUGAUUGCCUCUUCCAACUCAGGGAGUGCUGUUUUAUGGAGUUCUUUCUAGUGAUCUGAGAGGCAUGACCCAUAAGGGCCUGGAUGACCACAAAGCAGUGGAUAAAUGAAUUGCUGACACACUCCUCCUAUGCACUCAACCAUAACAUAUGCAAAUGCAAUAUAUAUGCAAUGUGUAACGAAGCCUGGCAAUUGCAUAGGCCAUGUUUGUGCCCCAAGGCAAAGUCAGGCGUCGAGCGGAGUCACUCAAGAGGCGGGCAGGGUGAUGCCCAGGGGUCGUGUGUGGGGUAUGCCUCCCCGAAGCCACGGUGGCCCUCGUGGCUAGUGUGCAGACUCACCCACCCUCCUAAAAUGGCACCCACUGCAUCAUUCUUAUUUUUUCAAUUUCGUGCCAAGACGUGGCGCGCGGAGGCCUAGCCUUGUGUGCAGCCUAGCCUUGUGUGCAGCCUAGCCUUGAGUGCGGCCUAGCCUUGUGUGCGGUGGUCAUGUUUCACAGGACCCUGGGACCCGUUGCUUGAACCAAAGGUUGUAGAGAAGGAAAUGAUUAUAUAUAUA